AUGAGGGCUCUACCAGAAGGAAAAAAAUUUGUUGAAUUUCUUUUAUCGGUCGGUAAUGGUACUUUGAAUAAUAGUGAGGACUACAUUAAUAUUCCAGAACAUUGUAUAGCAUAUAAUAAUGCUAAUAUUGUUAAUGAUGUAUAUGGUGGGUUAAUAAAAAACAAACUUUAUGAAGAUUUCACAAAAGUCAUUGAUUUAUUAGAUAGUACGACUGAAAAAGUGUAUACAAGUAUUGACAGUGUCGAGAAUUGCGAUAAUGGAGAUAUCAAUGACGCCAUUUUACCUGAAUAUUUAAAUACGAUAAACCCACCUAAUUUUCCACCACACGAAUUGAGAUUGAAAUUAUAUAGUGUUGUAAUGCUUAUAAGAAAUUUAAGUAUUGAUGAGGGGCUUUGUAACGGAACGAGAUUAAUGAUUUUAGAAUUAGGUAAUAAUUUGUUGAAAUGUAAGAUUUUAACAGGCAAUCAAUUAGGUCAUAUAGUAUUUAUAAAUCGGAUUACACUUUAUUAUGACAAUGCAAAUGCUUUUACAUUUAAACGUCGCCAAAUUCCUAUGAGAGUAGCAUUUGGAAUGACUAUUAAUAAAUCACAAGGACAAACAUUUGAUAAAAUCGGAAUAGACCUUCGAAAAGAUGUUUUUAAUCAUGGACAAUUUUAUGUAGCAAUAUCUAGAGUUAAAUCUUGGCAAUCUUUGAAAAUUCAUUUAAACAAUGACAGGGGAAAUAAUUUAGCUAAGAAUUAUGUUUAUAAGGAAUUGUUUGAUACUGAAUAG